AUGCUAUCUCAUGCCGACCUCCUGGAUGCUCGCCUCGGGAUGAAGGAUGCCGCGGCGGAGCUCCUGGGCCACAGGGAGGCUUUGAAGUGCAGGCUCGGCGGCGGGGGACCUGACCCGGGACACUCCGGGGAGCUCGGCCCGGGCCCGGACGGCGUGGAAGGGGCCACGAUGCUCCCGGGCGACGAUAUCAGCAGCGGCGGAGGAGCCAACCCGGUGCAGGUGAACAACAAGGAGCAGGAGAAGCAGCAGCAGCAGCAACAGCAACAGCAGAACAGCAGCAACCCGAACCAGUCCGGAGGGCAGCAGAGCCAGAAACAGAAGCGGCACCGGACCCGCUUCACUCCGGCGCAGCUCAACGAGCUGGAGAGGAGCUUCGCCAAGACGCACUACCCAGACAUCUUCAUGCGGGAGGAGCUGGCGCUGAGGAUCGGCCUGACGGAGUCCAGAGUGCAGGUCUGGUUCCAGAACCGACGCGCUAAGUGGAAGAAGCGCAAGAAGACCACCAAUGUGUUCCGCGCUCCGGGGACGCUCCUGCCGACGCACCACGGUCUGCCCCAGUUCCCGUCCGCCGCGGCUGCAGCAGCGGCCAUGGGAGACAGCCUCUGCUCCUUCCACGCCAACGACACCCGCUGGGCCACGGCAGGGAUGCCCGGCGUGUCUCAGCUGCAGCUACCGCCGGCUCUGGGCCGGCAGCAGGCCAUGGCGCAGUCCCUGUCUCAGUGCAGUCUCGGCGCCGGGCCGCCGCCCAACUCCAUGGGUCUAUCCAACAUGUCGUCGAACGGCUCCGGGCUGCAGUCGCAUCUCUACCAGCCCACUUUCCCCGGAAUGGUACCCGCGUCCCUGUCCGGCCCCACCAACGUGACCGGCUCGCCUCAGCUGUGUAGCUCCCCGGACAGUGACGUCUGGAGAGGGACAAGCAUCGCGUCGCUGCGCCGCAAAGCGCUGGAGCACACAGUAUCCAUGAGUUUCACUUAG